UUCACUAGAGAGACUGAUGAUCUAGGUUAGCAGUAGCGGUCAUCAGCCGCUUUCCCUCUCCCACCCAGUGAAGCCAUGAAAGAAUAUCCUGGAAGUAAUUUGAUCCAACACUAUCUCCACCUACCCAUCAAAAGCGGGAGCGCGUUCGAAGGACAGUGGCAGAACGGGAAGCGGCAUGGGUUGGGGGUGGAGACGCGGGGUCGGUGGCUGUACCGUGGCGAGUGGACGCAGGGCUUCAAAGGCCGUUACGGAGUGCGACAAUCGGCCACCUCCAACGCCAAGUACGAGGGCACCUGGGCCAACGGCCUCCAGGAUGGCUACGGCUCCGAGACCUACGCUGACGGCGGUAAGUUCCAGCUCCUUCAAUCCACUCCCAAUCAAAGACAUAAAGGCGGAGUGGACGUACCAGGGUCAGUGGCUGCGCGGGAUGCGGCACGGCUACGGGGUGCGGGCCUCGGCGCCGUUCGGGCUGGCCUCGCGCUACCGGCCGAACAAGAGCCUGCGGGCCUCGCUCACCUCGCUGAGGAGCAUCGAGGGCGGGAACGGGAGUGGGGCCGGCGGGAGCCUGGCCGUCGGGGCCGAGGCCGCCCAGGAGCGGGACCGCCGCGUCGACAACUCCCGCGGCGGCUUCGUCCUCAAGGCCCGCAGCGACGAGCCCCCCGCCCGGCGACGCUCCCUCAUCGAGAAGUCCUCCGGCAUCAAGAAGACCAUCAUGUCGGGACUGAAGAUCCGGAAACAGCGGAGCACGGGCGACCUGGAAAAGCGGGGGACUUCCGGCGGAAGCAUCCGGAGCACCGGUUCCAGCGCCUCGUGGGUCAGCACCGAGUCCUCUCAUUCGGGAGUCACCGCCGGUUCUCUUCACACCGACUCCAACGCCAGCUUCGUCGUCGAGGACGAGCACCUGGACGCGAGCGUGACGGAGACGUACAUGGGGGAGUGGAAGAACGACAAGCGGACGGGGUUCGGGAUCAGCGAGCGCUCGGACGGACUCCGCUACGAGGGCGAGUGGUUCGGGAACAAGAAGUACGGCUACGGCGUGACGACCCUCCGCGACGGGACCAAGGAGGAGGGCAAGUACAAGAACAACGUCCUCAUCACCUCGCACAAGAAGCGGCACCUCUUCCUCAUCCGCUCGGCCAAGUUCCGCGAGCGCAUCGACUCCGCCGUCAACGCCGCCCAACGAGCCUCCAAGAUCGCCCUCCAGAAGGCCGACAUCGCCAUCUCCAGAAUGUCGACAGCCCGAGGAAAAGCUGUGCAAGCAGAUGCUGUAGCCGAGGUUGCUCGUGAAGAUUAUGCAAUUGCAAUUGCAACUGCACAACAAUUUGCCCCCGAUUUUGUUUCACCUGGUUUAGAGAAAACAAAACUAAGGUACCAA